GCAGUCACCGGGAAAAGUUUCGGAAACAAGAAUUUUCGUGCUGCUUUAGAAGAUGGAAUCAUCCUGUGUGAUCUAAUUAACAAGAUCAAACCUGGCAUCAUUAAAAAGAUCAAUCGCCUGUCAACACCAAUAGCUGGAUUGGAUAAUAUAAAUGUGUUUUUGAAAGCUUGUGAAAACCUUGGAUUAAAAGAAGCUCAGCUUUUUCAUCCCGGCGACCUUCAGGAUUUAUCUAACCGAGUUACCGUCAAACAAGAAGAGACUGACAGAAGAGUAAAAAAUGUUUUGAUUACCUUAUACUGGCUGGGCAGGAAAGCAGCCAGCAGCCCUUCCUAUAAUGGCCCCCACCUGGAUUUGAAAGCCUUUGAGAAAUUGCUUGGACAAGCUUUGACAAAGGCCCUUGGGGAAUCCUGCAGCCCCAAGCAAAGUGGAAGAGACAGUGGCUACGGCGACAUUUGGUGCGUUGAACGCAUCGAUCCGCUUUCGUUGUCCGCCAGCCAUAAGCGGGACGAUUCCUUAGACAGCUUAGACUCCCUUGGCUCAAGGUCUUCCACCAGCUUCUCGUCGGACCUGACUCUGAAAGGCGGCAGUGAAGAUUGCGAAAGUGACACGGAUUCCGAAAUACGCACAAGAAUGCAUGACUCCGGCAAAGAUGAUAUGUCCUACCGCCGAGUGGCCUUAAUCGAACCCAAGCCUGCUUCAGAAUUCAACCGCUUCCUACCCAGCAAAGCCAAGCCACCCACGUACAUGCCGGCGCCCUUGAGAAAGAAGAGAAUCGAGAAGAACGAAGAUAAUAGGAGAAGCUGGGCAAGUCCUGUGUUUACUGAAUCAGAUGGAAAUUUUUCAAGGCUUUUGCAAAAGAUUUCUGAGGAGCACGGGAGUAAAUCCUUGAAUGACGUCAGUGCCGAUGAACUACAAACGAUCCGGCAGAUGCGUUAUGACGAGCUCCAGAGAAUAAAAGCUCAGCUGCGGGAGCAAGACCAGCAAUGGCAAGAUGACCUGGCAAAAUGGAAAAGUAGGCGCAAGAGUCACACCUCUGACCUGCAAAAGAAGAAAGAGGAGAGAGAAGAAAUCGAGCGAAGAGCUUCUGAAAGCUCAGAAAGGCGCAGCAAAACCCUGAGGGAAAUGCAGCAAGACAGGGUGAGGCGGGAUCAGGCUGCCCUGAGGAACUCUUGGGAGGAGACGGAGCCAAGGGAUUCCUCCAGCAAUGACGUCUUUAGCGAAGAGAAAGCACCUCCAAAAGUUUGUGUUCCAAGUGAGGCGGAUGGUGGCUUGAAGGCAGGAGAAAAUCAUGAGCAGGGUGGCCAAAAACCAGAACGUGGGGCAAAGGCCGAACCGCCGAUCUCAGCUCAGAGCCUGGCCAGAGGAAGGAGAGAGCCCCCUUUGCCAAGUUCCCCUUCGGCGAACGCACAAACCAGGUCCGGUCGGGUUUCAGCUUCCCUCCCGAGAAGUUACCAGAAGACCGACACAGCCAGGUUGACGUCGGUGGUCACCCCGAGGCCGUUUGGGGCCCCUCUGAGAGGAAUUUCAUCGCUUCCCAGAUCCUUUACGAUGGAUGCAGCUGUGAAAUACAAUGGAGGAGUCGAAGGGUCCAGGAGGGCUCAGUCGGGGAUCAGCAGGGGCCCACAGGCUCAGGCAGGAGGGGGGCAAAGCCAAGGCCAGAUGGAGCCCAGAGGUCCAGAAGACAGCAAAAGUAGGACAAGCCACUUGCUUGGGGAGCACCGAAGGGGAGUGCCUGAGUUGGAUCCUGAGUGGGAUCAUCACGCCAGUCCCGACUCAGUGACCGUCGCAUCUUCCACCCCCAAAGAGAGAACCCUUUCAGGGACCGAGGAGUCAAGAUGGCAGGAGCAAUACAGUGAUAUGAGGAUCAGUAUAAACCAGAAACCAGGCAGUAGCCGUAGCUUUGGAUUUGCCACAUACCAGAAUCCUUCUGGUGUCUUCGUAAAAUCAAUAGAAGAAGGCAGCCCUGCAGACUUUUGUCAGUUGGAAGUUGGGGAUGAAAUCCUCUCCCUGGGGGGCACCAGCAUUUCACACCUGGACCAGGGCGAGUGGGAAGGUGCCAUCAGCCGGGCCCUGGAAAGUGGGCACCUCGUCAUGGACGUGAGGCGGCAUGGAAGGAAGGAUUGGGGCAAAGACCAGCCUUUCCUGCCAUUUGCAAGGCACAAAAUCCUCAAUCUUACAAGUAUGGCUACCAACAUUAUAGGUACACCAGAAAACAAAUGGAUUGAUGCGACAUCGGGAGAUCACACUUCAACACAAAGUCAACAAAUGUCAGAAAAAGAGUUGCACAGCCAUUUCCAGAAUGAUGGCUCUGAAACAAAAGUCAAUGGAACGCAAGACGAUCCAAGCUACUGUGAACAAAAAGACACAGAACCUAUUUCUUUGAAAAACUUAAAAAGGAGGUCCCAGUUUUUUGAACAAGGAGCACCAGGUUCCCUUUACAAUUCAUGGGUGUACCUUUGUGGAGGCCCAGAACCUGCAAUACUUGAUCUCCCCGUUCCACCCAUUGCGGCUCCAGGCCGCCGGACUUGGGAUCAAGAAGAAGAAAGGAAAAGGCAAGAGAAGUGGCAGGCAGAGCAGGAGCGCUUACUCCAGGAGCAGUACAGGCGUGAGCAAGAGCGGCUGAAGGAAGAGUGGCUGAAAGCGCAGCGGGAGGCUGAAAAGGAGAUCUCCCACUCCUCAGAUGAGGAACAGACUAUCCUGACAUCCCCUGCUAUGUCUGGAAGUGUACAAGAGCCCCCAACUUCUUUGUGGGAAAGAAAUGGAAGUAACAGGACUGAUUAUCUUAGUUCUGAAAGAAAAUGGGAAGAGGAAAGCAAACCUGAGAAUCAGGGAAAAGAUAAAUGUCUAAGUGAGCUAGCAACAAGCAGCUUACAACAGCAAGCAAUUUUACAGGUGGAGCAAAAGAGAAAGUUACAAGAAAUGGAAAAUGGGAAGGAAUGUAAUGUGCAGGACACAGUAUACUAUGCAAAGGAACCAAGUUAUCAGGAAGAAAUAUCUCAGCAGCCACUGGUGGAAUCAGUCAAGGAACCAAGAUAUCAGGAUGAAGUACCUCAAAAGCCACAGGUAGAACCUGUCAAGGAACCAAGGUAUUGGGAAGAAGCAUUUCAGAAACCACAGGUGGAACCUUUCAAAGAAGCAAAGUAUUGGGAAGAAGCAUCUCAAAACCUGCUGAUGGACUCAACUAAGGAACCAAAGUAUGGUGAAGAAACAUCUCAGAAUCUGCUCUUUGAACCAAUCAAAGAACCAGGGUAUCAGGAAGAGACAUCUCAAAAGUUACUAUUGGAACCACUCAAGGAACCAAGAUAUUGGGAAGAAGCAUCUCAAAAAUUUCAUGUGGAACCAAUCAAGGAACUAAGAUAUCGGGAAGAAGCAUCUCAAAACCUGCUGAUGGAACCUAACAAGGAACCAAGGUUUUGGGAAGAAGCAUCUCAAAACCUGCUGAUGGAACCGAUCAAAGAACCAAGGUAUCAGGAAGGAGCAUCUCAAAACCUGCUAAUGGAACCAAUCAAGGAACCAAGGUAUUGGGAAGGAGCAUCUCAAAACCUGCUAAUGGAACCAAUCAAGGAACCAAGGUAUCAGGAAGAAGCAUCUCAAAAUCUGCUAAUGGAACCAAUCAAGGAACCAAGGUAUCGGGAAAAAGCAUCUCAAAAGCUGUUAGUGGAACCUAUCAAGGAACCAAGAUAUUGUGAGGAAACUUCUCAGAAUCUGCUGGUGGAACCAGUCAAGGAAGUUUCAGUGCAAAGAUUCCAGUAUCAAAGACAUUAUGAAGCACCAACAAGACUCUCCAAUGAGCAAGGAAGGCACUUCAGUGCCGACAGAAGUAAAUCCAAAUCAACCACUGAUUUAGACAAUCAUCAGGCCAGUGGGCUGAAGAAGAGAUUCCCGGAGCCGUGCUGGAAUACCACCAACUCACUGAAAAGACCUCAGAAGGAACAUGGCUUGUCACCCGCUGAGCUGGAGAGGCAGCAGAUCCUUCAGGAAAUGAGGAAAAAGACGUCCCUGCACACAGACAGCAGCUGGAUCCGGCAGCGCAGUUCCAGCAUGCACAAAGAGCCCAGCAGCCUGUCCAGCAGCCGAAUGAGGAGAGGUGAGAGCUUAGAUAAUCUUGACUCUUCAAGAACAAAUUCCUGGAGACCUCACUCCUGGAUGAGCCAGUCUGCAUCUUCAACAUCUUUAUCAAGCAGCCAAGAUUUUGGUCAACCUAUUCCUCCAGUGGUGUCCACUUCAAAUCGUGCUUACAUGCGCACCCCGUCUUCCAGCCUGCCCUCCCCUUCUGCUACAUCUAUGAAGACAUCAUCCUUGCCUCACAUUCCCCCCUCAUCUUCUGUUCCUCAUGCUCAGUCACCAACCUCUUCUUCCCAGCCUGGAACUCAACAGCGCAACAGGUCGGUGAGUGGAAAGCGAAUGUGUUCCAGCUGUAGAAACGCUCUGGGCAAAGGAGCGGCCAUGAUCAUCGAAUCUCUUGGCCUUUGCUAUCAUUUACAUUGUUUUAAGUGUGUGGCUUGCGAGGGCAACCUUGGAGGAUCGCAGGCUGGAGCAGAAGUCCGUAUCCGAAACAGUGAGCUCUUCUGCAACAACUGUUAUCUCAGAUUUAAAAUAGCUGGACAGGCAACUGCCAUGUGAUCCGAGCAUGAAGAUGAAGCUUCUGCAACAGUUUGGGAAAGAGGCUGCUGCUGUAGAUCUAUAAAGAUGCAGAGCGGGUGUGUUUUGUAGGGCCUGUCUAGAUCAUGUAGAAAAUUAACUGCAUCCUCCAUAAAACUUAUUUUGAAGUAUUUAUGAGAAGGUCAUCCCAAUUACAUUUGAUGUAUAAUCCCAUCCUAAAAUAAGAAGCAGAGGAUUGUUGGGAAUUUCAGAUGGGACAUUCUAGAGAGUUGUGCAGAACUUUGUAAGAAUUACAUUUGAAGGCACGCAGAAGUGGUUGCGUCUUUAUUUCAGUUGCUAAGCUUAAGUAAUAUUACCCUUUUAAAACUGUCAACUUCACUUUAUUCAAUAUCCCUUUGUGCUUUAGUGGUUAAAUCCAGCUGGGGAAAUUGUGAAGCAUUCUUUUUCGUUCCAUGUUUGAAAAAUGUAACUCUACUUGCACCUCAAACACGUUAAUAUAACUGAAGAAUUUUUCCUUCUGUUUUCUUUUGUAUUUGUAAAUAAAGUUGCUGAUGCUGCACUUAAACAAACUGCUUGAAU